AUGAAUGUCAGUACUGCCGGGCAACGCCCGCGCGGUCCUCCGAAUGGGCUAGGCCCUGGUGGGAGACCAGUCCAAGAUCAUCGCAAUGGCAGUAACAUCAGUGCAAUGAGUUCGGCCUCCGCGAAUGAUUCUCGGAAUCGUUCAGGCUCAGAGAUGAGCCGGGCGGAAACAUUCGAGGACGAGAAGAAACGCAUUAUCGAGAGCUCUUUCGCCAAGAAGGAGGCAGAUGGAUCGGCAUCCGAGUCAUACAUAACGCACAUUCGUAUUGUGGAAGAUGCAGCAUACCCGUCCAGCCCCCCGCCUCUUGAAUCUCCACCGGACAACAAAAAAGCACGAGUGAUCAUUGUCGCCGUAAAGAGAUCGGGACGCGUGCGAAUGCACAAGGCGAGGGAGAACGCCAAUGGAACCUUCUCGAUUGGAAAGACUUGGGUAUUGGACGACUUGGAAGUGAUCGAGUCCUUUACCAAUGCAGUCCCGCAGACUGCUGAGCAGCAGCAGAACAAAUCUAGGGCAGGGCCGACUGGGUUCAUCGUGACUGUACAGAAGCCAUACUAUUGGAAAGCAAAUACUGCGAAGGAGAAAGACUUCUUCAUCUUCAGCCUCAUCAAGAUAUAUAGGAAGUAUACCGGGGGAAAGCUACCGCAGCUCAUUGGCUUCAGUUCGCAGGAACUUGAUCAAUUAAGUGGAACUUCGGGACCGCAGAAUGGUGCACCAACGGCAGCGCGGCCCAAUGCACCCGCAGGAGAAAGUGUCAGAGUGCCCAGUCAAGAGCCUUCAGUCAUACGAGAACCACCAGUAGAGACAAGUCGAGAAAGGAGGCAACGUCCAUCUCAAGAACGCCCGUCUCAGGAGCGCCCAUCUCAGGAACGCCCAUCUCAAGAGCGCCCUCCCGAGGAGCGCGUGCUUCACAGUGCCGUUGCGCAAACUCGCUCUGUGCGGUCAGCAGGCAGUAACGAGCGCAUUCAUAUGCCUGGCGCAUUUCCCUCCACAGACUCUAUACAAGACCCAUCGCCCCAAUCAUCACAGCAUCAGCUGAAGACCAACCGAUCCGAGUCGCCAGCUCUGCGUAAUGCUGUCCCACAACCUAAAUUCUCCAGACCUUCUGCAGGACAGAGUACAGAUUCAUUCCAAAGUGGCCGUGAAACUCAACCCGCUCCUCUGCAGCCAAGUGGUCGAUCAAGCAAUGAGAGAGUAGGUCAAAACGGAACAUAUGCAACAGGGGUUACCCCAGGGCCCGACCGCCCGACAAUAGCACAAGAUAGGCCAGUGAAUGCUGUAAAGGACAUCCCGACUCCGGUACCACAUGCUAAAGAAGCCACGCCCGCCAAGCAGGCAAUAGCUCUAAACUUCAAUCCAGGCUUGAAUGACAACUCCCCGGACCAAGCAACCACUCCCAAGGGAUCUCUUGACCUGCGGAAUGGCAAUAUGCGAGACCACUCAAUGCCAGGGAGAGACUCCAGCCAAGGCACUCGUGGGCUGCCAUCUUUAAAUCAAUCAGAAUCGAGUGAAGACAACUUUCCAAACGAGACGCGAUCAACAACAGCGUCAAGCCAUGUUGCUCAAAGUAGUCAGACUACAAACCAAGAAGUCAAAUCAUUAGAGCCAGCAGCCCAUGAUGAUGGUAUCUCAACCCCUCAGCCAUCUGUCACAAAAUUCCCACCAACCCCCCCUCCAGAAACUCCAACAGAAGAGGAGCACCGACCUGGGCUUGGGCCGAUGAUAAAGAAGAAGAAGUCGACCACGGAGGUUGCGUCAAAAUUUCGAAAAGCCGCCACCGCCUACAAUGCUUUCAAACCUCGCGCUGGUGGUGCCGCGGAAAGGGUAGCCAACGACAAGACGGCCGGUGGUGAUGGCAUCACAGGUGUUUUUCAAGCACCAUCUCUUCUCAAGGGUAUCAGCCAGGACGACGUUAGACCGGCGACACCCAAGCAGAGCCUGGAGAAUCGACCAUCGACGCCCGAUGUUAAAAGGGAGAUUCCAACAGUGCAGAUCACCACUUCUCCCGCGAAACCCGUCACGCCAGUGCCUCCAGAGCCUGUGCCACAGAAACCUUCGGAACUUGUCUUGCAGAAGAGUUCCGAGUACGAACAGCGGCCACCAAUCGCAGAAAAAGCUCAAGAGGAUCGUCGUAAGAAGCAUCGUUCUGACCAUUCCGCCAAAUACGCCAAAACACUGGGCAUUAAUGCUGGUCUAUUAGAAGGCCGGACUUUCGAGAUCGAAGAGGUACUAAAUGAUUUCGGUUGGGGAGAAGAGGGAAGCGGACGGGCGACAUUCGAGGAGCUUGAAAAGGGUAUCCGCAAAGAGAUUGCCCGAGUGGAGGCCGGCAGCUGGCUAAGUGCCGUGGAAAACAAUGACGAACGUGUCGUGGCAGUAGCUGAAAUGAUGGACCGAGUUGUAGCAGAGUGCGAUGAGCUCGACAACCUGCUUACUUUGUACAACGUCGAGUUGGGGAUACUCAGCGAGGACGUCGCAUACAUUGAGGCUCAGUCACAGGGCCUGCAGGUGCAGACAGCUAACCAAAAGCUCCUCCAAAACGAGCUGAAGAAUCUACUGGACACAGUAUCUAUUUCGACUGCGGACCUGAGCAAAUUGAAGAACAACUCUUUGAGCACCACUCGCGAGGUUCAGGAAGUCGAAUACACUCUCGCACAACUUUAUGCUGCAAUGUUGACAAUUGACCCCAAGCUUCGUCACAAUGAUAGCAAGUCAGUGAGUGUCGAUCAAGCUAGCCUGCAUCGAAGUAGCAGCACUGGACAUGGAAGCACGGAGCUCAGCUCCAUGCACGCCGUCCGCGAGAAGAAAGAGACAUUCCGCCGAGAGAGCGUUGAUUUUAUACAACGGCUAAAGCGGCAUAUGUCAAAGAUGUUCCAAGAUGUGGAGCAGCAAACGAAAGACGCUUUGGAGAGCAAUCGAAACAACAAGGUCUCAGCGAAUCCUACCAAGCUCGACCAUCAUUUACGGGAUGCGCCAAAACAAGACUUGUGGUUGUAUUCACCGUUGAUACUUUUCGCACGUGAGAUGGAGAUGUCUGAGUGGGAGGAUCUUUUGCGUAUGUAUGAAAGCCGGAUCAAGACCCAAUACCAGGGAGAGUUCGGGGAUAAUUUCUCCGCUUGGAAACGGACCACCAGAAAGCAGUUUGGAGAUGAGCAAGAUGUUCUGUUUACGACCCAAGAGAAGGAGAAUGAGAGCCUGGUUGGACGCAAACUGACCGUGAAACGAUCUAAGACCGUACGCGCAGGAGACCGAAUAUCAAGUGGCGACAAGACGAGAGACGGCAAGGUCACCGCAUACGAAGCCUUUGCGGGUGCUUUGACGGAGACGGCUAGAGUCAUCUUCGUGGAACAGAACUUUGUGGUCGACCUCUUCCAUGCAUCGUCACUUGAUACCCAGGAUUUCAUCGACGCACAUGCUAUCGAACCCGCGCAGCGAAAAACUGGAGACCUGAUGGUCAAAAAGCCUUUUGACCCCGAUCGCAACAUGGCCAAGACUGUGUCGGGGGUCAUGGAAGAGAUCUAUUCAUUCUGGCCGACUGAGCUGCAGAGUCUUGCUGACUGGACCAUCAAGCAGGAUGCUAUGAAUGGCGUUGGCGUCCUCUUCGCCCUCGAAUCUCAGCUUCUCGAGGUCGAAGAAACCAAUCAAGAGUUCCUGACCCAAGCUGUCACUAGAAUCCGCGACCGUCUGGUCACUAAAUUUGCUCACUUUAUCAAUGAGCAAAUCCGUGGCAUCGAAGACACUAAAGUCAAAAUCAAGAAGCGAAAGGGUGUCAUCGCAUUCAUGAAGACAUUCCCCAACUUUUCUAUCGCUCUUGAAAACAUGCUUCCGCCAACUCGCUCUCUCGACCACCUUCCUGUACGCGCCACGGUCAAUGACGCCUACAAUAGAAUCAACAAAGCCAUGUUCGAAAGCCUGAAAUUCAUUGCAAAGGAAAGCCCAACGGCGACGCAAACUGCUGCGACUGCAGGUGAUCCUGAGGAUAAGGAAGCCCUCAACUACCAUAUCCUCCUCAUCGAGAACAUGAACCACUAUAUCGAGGAAGUAGCCGUCCGAAAAAACCCCGUCCUCGAAGACUGGAACUUCCGCGCGCGCGCUGAGUUGAACGAGCACAUGGAGCUGUAUCUCGCUGCCGUCAUACGUCGACCUCUGGGCAAGCUUCUAGACUUCCUGGAGUCCACCGAGUCACUUAUACGGAACAAUCCUGGCUCCCCAACCUCAAUAGCCACACGUGCCUCCCAUUCGCGCUCCACCUUCAAGAAGAUUCUCUCUAGCUACGACGCAAAGGAAAUCAAACGAGGUAUCGACACCCUGAAGAAGAGAGUAGACAAACACUUCGGUGACGGUGACGACACGGCUGGCUUGUCUAGAGAACUGGUCACCAAAGUUUUCAGAGAGUGUGAAGGCAGAUACCUUCAGAUUGGAGAGAGAGUUAGCAAAGUGGUCAAGGAUGUGUACGAAAGCAGUCUCGAGGUCGAGUGGAGAAGGGAAGACGUCGUUUCGGCUUUCAGACGGUAA